AUGAUCUCCGCGGAGAGGAGCCAGUCGCAGAGCCCGCGGUCGCCCGGGGCGGCGGCCGGGGCGCCGUUCCUGUCGAUCUGCGUCACGGAUCCCGUCAAGAUGGGCACCGGCGUCCAGUCCUACAUCUCCUACCGCGUCAUCACCAAGACUAACCUACCUGAAUUCGAGGGAGCAGAGAAAAUUGUUAUCCGGCGUUAUAGUGAUUUUGAGUGGCUGCACGAUCGGCUAGCUGAGAAGUACAAAGGCAUUUUUAUACCUCCUCUUCCAGAGAAGAAUGCAGUUGAGAAAUUCCGGUUUAGCAAAGAAUUCAUUGAAUUGAGGCGCCAAGCUUUGGACCUAUUCAUCAACAGACUAGCUUCACACCCUGAACUUAAGCAAAGCGAAGAUUUGAGGACAUUUUUGCAGGCAGAUGAAGAGAAAAUGGAUAGAGCAAGGUCUUAUGAGACUGGUAUAUUUAAGAAGCCGGGAGAUUUCAUACAGAUGUUUAAGGAUGUACAGUCAAAGGUCAGUGAUGUUGUUCUGGGAAAAGAAAAGCCAGUGGAAGAAUCUACUCCUGAAUAUGAGAAGCUUAAACAUUAUAUAUUUGAGCUAGAAAAUCAUCUAGCAGAGGCCCAGAAACAAGCAUUUCGCCUUGUAAAAAGGCACAGAGAACUUGGGCAAUCUUUGGCGGACUUUGGGAAAGCGAUUAAGCUUUUAGGCGCCUGUGAAGGGGAUUCGUUGGAGAAGGUGUUUUCUGAAGUUGGUUCGAAGUCAGAAAUGUUGUCAAUAAAGCUGCAAAGAGAGGCAGACAACCUUCUCUUUAACUUUGAAGAGCCUUUGAAAGAUUAUGUGCGUGCUGUGCAGUCAAUAAAGGCCACUAUGCUUGAUCGAGCCAAUGCUUUCAGGCAGCACUUUGACUUGGACCAGGAGAGGAAGUAUAAAGAGCUUAACCUGUAUGUAUACCCUGAGAAGUUUAUUCUGUACUAUUACCUGGAAAAUUUCUCAUCCUAUUCUUACUGCAGUGAAAAAAUGAAGUUCAUGAACCCUGAGAAGUUUACCGAGUCAGAAACUGAGUUCAGCGAGUUGAAAGCAGCCAGUGAGGAGGCUACGAAGAGGUACGAGCACAUAGUUAGUGUAAUGAACGAGGAGCUUGCACGAUUCCAGGAGCAGAAAACAGCUGAUAUUGGACUUGCAUUCCAUGAGUUUGCCAAAGGUCAAGCAAAGUUGGCUAAAGAUAUUGCUGAUGCGUGGCGCAGCGUCCUCCCAAAGCUAGAGGCGUGUUCCAGUUCAUAA